AUGUCUUACAAGGCCGUGAACCGUCCCACCGACACCAAGCAGAAGGAGAAGGACGUCAACCAGAAGCUCCAACUGUUUGGUAUUUUCCAUGGUCAGUUCUCUCCAGUCACCAAGUUAGGCUCAAUUGAAUCUGUCGCUAACGCCCUUGAAGCUUUCAAGAACAGCAAGCUCCCAUCGAACAAACAGUGCGACGUCGCCCUGAACAGCGCUUUGAACUCCAAGUUUCUCACGUCCCCCCCUUCAGAGCUUUCUGCUGAGGGUAAGGUCCUCGUGCAAGACCUUCGCAAUGUGAUUGAGCAGGCCAAGAAGAUGCUCCUGACCAAGAACCACGGCGAGCUUCUUCAGGACUUCAUCUGGCAGGCCCAGCAGAUUACUGCUGUGGAUGCCAAGGCCCCCAACGUGCCUAUCAACCAGGAGGAUAGUAAGCAAGAUGCCAACAGGACCCUGGAUGGCCUCAAGACCCUUGGUACUCUCUUAAUUACCAAUGGCGAGUUCAGGAAGAUCCUGAGCGAUGCUACCGUCCUUAUCAGGGACAUUGCUGCCGAUGCCUCCCAGAAGGCUGCCAACCAGGUCCGCCCGUCUGAAGAGCAGCUGGCACAGAUCGACGCACCCGCCGAGGAGAACACUUGGCACGAGAAGCCCAACAUCAACAAGGAGGACCUCAAGUCCAAGUUCAAGAAGAGCGACAAAUCCAGCAUCGGUGCUCCCUCCUUUGACGAGACUACUGCUACUGCCGACAACGAGUCGGUUACCCCCUCGGAGAUGAGCCGCCGCAAGAAGUACGCCAACCAGACCAAGGAGUAUCUCCAGGAUAAGAUCCCCAAGGAGCGUCGCGAGCAGACCAUCUGGCGUCUCAAAAAGAUGGUUAUCGAGGUUCAGGGCCACUCUGACUAUCAGCAAGCCAUCGAGACCCUUUUGGACAUAGCCGAGAAGUACGCUGGCCACACCAAGGAGAUUACCGCGCAGAGUGGCUCUGCCGCCAAGGACGUUCGUUCCACCGAUAUCGUCCAGGCCGUUGAAAAUGAUUUGCGCACUCUCAUUGAGCGCUUUGCCAACAACACCUCCCUGUCUGACUUCUUCGAGUCUCUGAACAAUAUCUACCACGAUGCUGAUCAUGAUCCCGAGCUUCGUGGCUGGUUCUCCAGCAUUGACACCUUCAUUCGAAGAGCCCUCCGCGAGCAGGGCUUCAUCAUGGAAGAAGAGUGCACCCGCCAAUGGAACGAGCUCUACGAGAAGGGUCGCUACUUGGCUCGUGAGCGCUACCGCAGCCACACCGAUAGGAUUCUUGACCAGAUUAAGUUCCUGGCUGAUCAGUUCGAGAAGGACCCUCAAAACAAAGCUCUUGCCGACUCCGUUCAGAAGCUAUUCUUGGACCUCGGCCGCGACUCUGGUGGCAAGAUUGUCUUCAAGAAGCACCUGCUCACUGACGUCCGCGAUAUCAUCUUGCCUGGUAUCUUCGAGAACGUCCGCUAUGUUCCGAUUCCUCGUAUCGAGGUUUCCGACCCCUUGGUUGACGUCGUUGUUGAGAACCUCAUCAUCGAAAGUGACAACUUGAUGCCCAAUGUCGUCGAGUUCGGCAGUGACAACUACUUCCGCUGGGGCCGCAAGAAGAUUUCCAACAAGCGUGACAAUAAGAUCAUGAUUGCUGCUUCCGGUAUCCAGGCUGAUCUCCGCGAUGUCAGCUACUACAUCAACAAGAAGGAGGGCUUCCCCUCCAUCACCGAUACUGGUAUCAUGGAUAUCUUCCUUGGUGGUGAGGGCUUCAGCUUUAAGAUUGCGGCCUCAACUGCCGACCAGAAUGACAAGCAGCACUUUGUUAAGCUGGACAAGAUCUCUGUGAACAUCCAGAACAUGAACAUCAAGCUCCGCAAGUCCAAGCACAAGGCUCUCUUUGUUAUGUUCAAGCCCAUGCUCUUCCGUGUGGUUCGCCCCGCUCUUGAGAAGGUCAUCGAGGGUCAGAUCCGCAACGCCUUUGAGAAGGGCGAUGCGUACGCUCACGAGAUCCACACGGAGGCCACCAAGGCCCAGGAGGCCGCCCGUGAGGACCCUGAGAACGCCCCCAGCAUCUUGUCCCGCUACGCCGAUGCUAUGCGCUCCCGCGCCCAGGCCAAGGCCAAGCAGGCCGAGGCCGUUCUCAAGCGUGACACGAAGGUGCAGACUGCCUUGACUCUGCACGACUCGAUGUUCCCCGACAUCAAAUUGCCCGGCGGUGUCUCCAGCAAGGCUACAGAAUACGUCGAGCUUGCCAACAAGGGUGAGCGCUGGGAUCAACUAACAUCCCCACUCCGGGCCCUGAUCACACGCAAGGCUCCUACUGCCGAUGGCAUUGCCAGCUCCUCGGGCGUUGCUGGAACUGCCGGUUACACCAACGGCCACACCAACGUUACUCACACUAACGGCACCAACGGCGUCAACGGCACCAAUGGUUUCUCGCGCGAGGUUGACCAGGCCUUCGUCAACGACAAGACUAAGAACCUCAGCGAUGGUGUUACCAACGGCGCACACGCCGUUACCACCAGCUCCACCGUUGCUUAA